ACUCGUGUGUUGCCGCAGAUGUCGUUAAAAAUUUCAGUUGGAUUCAAACGAUAAGUAAAAAUCGCAUGGCCUAAUAGAAUAAAGAUUUUCCGUUGAUAAUAACACUUCAAAUGUAGGAGACAUUUAUACAUUCCAAAAUGUCGUUGGAAUUGCUGGUGGAGAAUUAUGUUAAUUGUAUAAUUCGUCGUUCACGUGGGGAAAUUAUGAAGCCUUUCGAGAUGUAUACCUUCUUCCAAUUGCGCGAUGACAUCGAGACAUUCCAGUUGAUCUUCCCCGAUUUCAACCGCUUCUUAAUUAACGUUUUACUGAGGACGGGUGACCGUUAUUUAGCCUCAAAGGAGAAGAAAAUCGCUCUGCAUUUGUUUCAGGAAGCCAAACGUUUUUUCCCGCAAAUAUCUAUUUGCUACCUAAAAGAAGCAGAAUGUCACAUUGCAAUGGGUUCAAUAGACCAAGUCUAUAACACCUGUAAAAGAGCAAUUAAAUACUCUCUUGAAACUGAUAUUAACGAUGUUAUCUCUGUGCUUGGUUUACUUAUUGGUUAUGAAAGAAUCAGUGAUGCUCGUAAAUUGCUUUUGUCCCUUCUCCAACGUUUUCCAUAUCGUGAUGAUGUAAAGAGAAUAUUGAGCAGUCUUGACCCACCUGUACCAACCUAUGUUGAAGCAGAAAAAACAAAUUGCAGCGCCAGCGCUAUGAAACUUAAUUCCAAGAAAAAUAUCUCGAAAACGACCACCCCAGAAACUGUAUUGAUUCCAAAGGUAAUUAAAACCUCAAAACAUCUCAAAAGAGAAGCGCAACUUAAGCAAAAGGAAUUAAAAUUGGCAAUUGAAAAAGCUUCUAAAGAGCAAGAAGAAAAAUUGAGGGAGCAGCAGCAGAUCGAGGAGCAAAAAAGGAAAGAGCGGGAAGAGCAAAAAGAAAGAUUGAGAAAAGAAAAAGAAAGGAAAUCACGUGAACGAAAACUUGAAGAAGAAAAUAAAGAAUUGGUAAAAAGAAAAAAAAGAGGAAGAAGACGUAGGGGACGUUCUGUUGGUGAUUUGCCAAGAAAAAAAACAGAGUCUGAAGUUGUUAUGGCAAAACAGGAUUAUCAGCGAGAAACUGGAAUACAGAAAAGGGAUAUUUUUAACGAGAAAACAAUCGUUACAACGGCUCCUGAGACUACUCAAAGUAACCAAGAAUUUAAAAGUCCUAAAGAAAAGAAAAAAAAUUUAAACAGAUCGAUAUCCUUGACAAGAAUGGAUUCCCAGCAUGGAUUGCGUAUGCGUAGUGAAUCAAAUUCGAUAAAUUGUUCACAAGCUUUAUCGACCACCAACCGUUUUAGUGUAGUUGCCCCCGAUGAUAGUCUUUCCGUCGUCUCGUCUGAACAUCAAGUGUCGAAAAAUUCCGCUUUCUCCAAAGAUAUUGCUUUCACGUCCUCUUCAAAUCGUCGAUCUGAAGCUAAGACAUUUUCUUCAAUGAGCACGGUGAAAUAUGACAGAUUUUUAGAAGAGUCUAAAGAUGAAUGGACUGAAGUGGGUUGUAAACGUUCAAGGAAAUCUUCAAUAUCCUUUCCCGAGAGACGAAACAGCCAUUGUGAAAGUGAAGAAUUGCCAUUUCAAGGAUGUGGUGCAGCUCUCCUAAAUCUUCAAUUUGAAAUUUCAUUGCCAUCGCUUUCUUUUCUUGUUGCAAUAUCUUAAUAUCAUUUGAGAAGAACAUCAU